AUGUGGUGGUGCAGAGGAGAAAGGUUGAAAGAGAAACGCCCGCAGUGCGGUUCAAAAGACGCGCCUUCCCAGAAAACGCGAACAAUCGCGCUAGUGGCUCUAGCGCGUAACCCCCGUAAGUCCACCACCGCACACCUUCAAAUUUCACCUACAUCGACCCUGAGACACAGCAUUGCUGCAAGAACAGCAAUGACGGGAGCAAGGGAAGUAAAGGUAGCGCUAUCGAAAGUAUCAGUCCGUCCAGUUACAGAGAGCGAGUAUCAGAACACGCAAGGUCAAGUCCUACAAGGGGAUUCUCCGUUCCCGCUGAACGUAGUAGGAAGCGAAGACACAGUCCAUUAUCCUAGACGACGUGUGGGCGAUGAAGUUCGUAUUUGCCAGUCCGAGCAUGAUGAAGUCAAACUUGGAUCCAAAGACAAGUGCCAGAAGCAUGACUCCGGUCGAACAAUUCUGCCAGGCAGCAUAGGGUCGAUUCUUAGAGCAGAAAAUGACAAUGGCGGCGAUAUGAACAAGCACUUUCACAAUCUCGUGUCCAACUUUCACAGUUCUAAAAAGAAGUUGACAAAAAAGGAGGACUGUCACAGGUGUAUUCCCAGCUGUCCGAUGAGAGCAGGAUUUGAACCUACGCCUCCGAAGAGAAUAGAUUACAACCAAUGGAUUUUCAAUGUGAAUAUGUUGGAAUUUCUGACUCACGGUGCGUCGGCUAGCCGCUGCGCCCAUGUCUAUGCGCCUGAGACCUUGAAGCGAGCUACCAGCGUACCACUGUUGUAA